AUGGCCAAGGACACAGUCGUCGAGACAGUGCCAGUGCGAAAAGGAGAUGAAAGAGAAACGUGGUCCACAAAGGUGGACUUCUUAUUGUCAGUCAUCGGAUUCGCAGUCGAUUUGGCAAACAUAUGGAGGUUUCCAUACCUCUGCUUCAAGAAUGGUGGAGGUGUCUUUUUGAUACCGUACACUUUAAUGGUACUAUUGGCGGGUAUUCCACUAUUUUAUAUGGAACUCUCGCUAGGUCAAUACUAUCGAAAAGGAGCCAUCACAACGUGGGGACGCAUAUGUCCACUAUUUAAAGGUUUGUUGAAGUUUCCUUUGGAGAAAAUUCACGCAUGA